GUUGUCGACUGCUUUGUUUAAUUAAAGUCAAUGCAGUUUGUACCCAUCCUAAUUCGGUGGCCUAUCUUUCGUAUUACUGCCUAUCUCAGCAUUCCUCACGCACACUGUCUUAGUACCCAAAGAAUCCAAUCUCUCGAUUUCGGAGGAGCUGUUAUAGAAAAAUUUUCAGAAAUGCGACUGGAACCCCAAAUUUUCCACUGUUAUGAAAUUUUUCCGCCUUGAUUUCGAGUUAUUUAGGGAAAUACCUGAAACUUUCGCAGAAUAUUAUGUCGACCCAGUGUACCUCAAACGUUUUAAUAUGUUAAAACCCAAGUUUUCGUGGGAAGUCAAGCAACUAAUAAAGGGGAAAUAAUAACAAACAGUGGGAAAAUAAAGAAAAAAUUCUGUUGGAAAAUAAAGGGAAAAUAACAGGGGACACACAUAAGUACCUGCUUUUUCACCUUUCACUGGGAAAUUAAGUUGAACCUCUCCUUUUAUUCGUCCUGUGUUUCGAAUUCGCCAACAUAUCCCACGAAAUUUUCAAUGACUUUAUAAAUAUCUAUUUGUAUCGUUUGAUGAAACCCGAAAAUAUGCCCGACGUUUCGGGAAAACCAUACGUUCUUUGUUGAGAACCACAAAGAAUUUUCUGUGUACAAAAGUCUUUCGUUUUUAUUUGCCCAGUCUAGGGACUUUUGGUAAAUUUUGGAGUUUUCUCCGAAGUCGUAUUAAAAUUCCAAUUUUUCCCAACGUUUGGGGAAACUAAAUUUGGUGAAAUUUCCCCCAUAAUCGAGAGAUUGAGUGUAGUUCAUUUCGCGAACUUAGCACAUUUCUAAAACCACGCCAUUGUUCUCCACAUCAACAUGUUGUCGCACUCACACUUAGCUUGCAUUAACGUUUUUUUGUAGAAUUAAGUAUACUACGCUUAGAAGACAACAUGUCAAGAAGCAAUCACUUUAUUCACCUCAUCGAAAUAGUCCUAUCUUGUCAACACAUAAUAACAAACGUCAUAUAUAGGCGUUGUCGUGGUUAAAAGAUUGUGUUAUAAGUGAGAUUGUGUAUUGAAAUGUGAAACGACACACGCAUUUCUCACGAAUCAUUCACGUCAUGUUCUUUUUCAUCGGGAUUGAGUUGUUAAUGUGUUUAUUAUGUCGAUGUCGAACUUUCGUUAAGUGUUCCACAGACAGAAUAAAACAUUAGUCUUCCAUGUAGUAAACGUAAUAUCGAAAAAUUUCCCAUGCUAAUAGUAGACACUUUUUUAAAAAAGUGGUAAAAACAUGCAGGUAUUCAAUAAUACAUUUAGUCUUUAUUAAGUUCACCUUUCCUUGGGAUCCCCAUCAACGCUUAUUUACUUUAUCUCUUUCGUCGUGUGAGAAAGCCUGACUCGCAACGUCUAUCGUUUGUGUUAUUUUGUUUUCGGGAUAGUUCGCGCUUUGAACCGCGAACACAGAGCACCUAACAAAAGAUACCGACUGUAAUCUUGGAUUGCUGCGAACUGUUCUGUAGAGUUGGUAGUUACUCAUACUUAUUUCGCUUCUAGCUCUGUGUAAAGUAUAAUUAAUGGCCAGUUCGAGCGUCGACACGUAAGCUAAACAAGCUUUUGUGAAUUUCCUAAGAUCAUCACGAAUGAUCUUCACGUCAAAUUUUAUAACUCACAACUUACGAACUGACCGCGGGCUUUUCGCUCUUUCAAUGCAGCUUCUAGAGUAUGCAGCUUUUCUGGUGUCUUUACCGGGAAUGCCAAAAUAAAACUGCAGCAACUAUACCUGUCCUUCACAACGCUGUAUGAGCUUCUCAUGUAAAAAUCAUCCUGAAAAUCGUCACUGAAGGUCAACAUAGAUUUAUUGUGAUCAUCAAUGACAACUGAAAGACUAUUUGAUAAUAUAAGCAUCAAGCCUGGACUUAUUGUAUUCGACUUGGAUUGUACAUUAUGGCCGUUUGACUGUGACAUUUACGAUAGUCAAGUUUUUCACAAAAAUGGUGAUAUGAUUUAUGAUGAAAAUAAUUACCCACUAAAUAUACUUCAAGAUUCAAAUAAUAUAUUGAAAUCUAUCAAACAAGAAAAAGAUGUACUAUUGGCAUGUGCUUCAAGGACCCCUUCGGUGGAAACAGCUCGUCAGUUAGUUUACCUAAAUGGUUGGGAUAAAUUAUUCGAUCAUAUGGAAAUAUAUCCAAACAGUAAAAUUGUUCACUUCCAGACACUUCAACGAAAGACUAAAAUUCCAUACAAUAAAAUGAUAUUUUUCGAUGAUUUACAAUGGAAUAUCAAAGAAGUAAAAAGUCUAGGUGUUCACAGCCAUCACGUACCUAAUGGUGUGCACACGGGGGCUUUUCGUAAAGCAUUGAAAGAAUAUGAACGGUUUUGGUCUUGUAAAUAAGAAAUCUAUUCAACAAACUACAGUAUUACCGUCAUUGUCCUUCUCUUUCUCCCCUGGAUCAAACAAACUGUUUCUAGUCAUUUCAGAGAGAGAAUGAGAGAAAACACUACAUUUAUUUCUGUAUCUUUUGAAACUUUUCAAAGCUUUAUCAAGAUGUUUUUCUGUCUGAUUACAUUUUCGCUGGCAGUCUUGAUCAUAGUUACUAAUAUUCACUAGUGUAAGUGCCAUUAGUAACCGAGGUGGGUUGGGGGGCCACAUUAAUAACCAACUGUUUCAUCGUAGUUUGCGAUUUUUGACUGAUGAACAAACAUCCAUCACCUAAGCUGAAAAUCAGUUUCAAACGACUUCAGUUCUUGUUUGAAAACUACACUUACCUGUGGCGAUUUAUUCAAAAUAAUGUAGGAGUUAGAAACAAACAGUUGUAUGGUUUCAACUGCAUUAUUUGCAAAAUAUUCUGUCACUGUACACAUUUUGUUUGCAAUAAAAUCGAUAUUAUUUUUAUUAA